AUGGCAGACCCGGUCAUCGAUGACUCGGAGCGUCUACAAGAUGCAAUCACCCGGCUAUCAGCUGAAAGGCUGGCACAGCUGUGCAAAAACCUUUGCGACACAAAUCCAUCUGCGAGAACAUUUUUUAGAUCCCGUCUUUUCGUGGAAGAAGAUAAAGUUCCUGGUCCACAACUUCCUGAGCCAGAGUAUCGCCGCCCAUUUGGUCACUUAGCCGGUCCCGUACCCGGUUCCCGCGAAGCUCACAGAGACGAGGAUGAGAACGAUGAAUAUGAAGAUGAAGAUAACGAGGAUGACGAGGGCGAUGGGGACUCGGUCGCAAGUGAACCUGCCUUCAAGCCUGGGAGUCUGAAAAGAACCAGACCGCGCUUUGCCGUCUGCGUCAAUUGCGAAAAAGAAUUCGACGUUGCUGAAAACACGUCGGAAAGCUGUACAUACCAUCCUGGCAAUUCUAAACCGGAUGAGGAUUUCUUUGCUGAUCACGACGAAGACUGUCACGGAAUAAUCGAUACGGACGAAAUGCGGGAGGAGUAUCCAGAUGGCUAUAUUUACGAAUGCUGCAAACGCAAUGGCGAGGAAGAGCCCUGUAUCAAGGACUGGCACGAACCAACAGACCCCGAAGCCGCAAAACGGCGACUGAUUCAGUAUGGGGGGGAUUCCGACCCCACCGGCGUCGACGAGGACGCGAUCCGACUUAGCAACGCAAUCGGCCGCUUAUCAUGGCCAAAACUAGUACAAUUGACUAGAAUUCUGUGCCAGAAAAACGAUGCCGCCAGAGAGUUUUACAGGGGAAACCUUCUCGUGAAUGAGGAGGACGUUCCUCGGCCAAGCACACCUCGCUCGCCCGACCGCUCGCCCAGCCCUAGCGAAACCAGCGACGAUGGCGACGAGGAAAAACCCCCUAAGUCUCACCCUGUUCCAAACCUACAAAAGACAGGGGCUAAAAGGUCUCGACCGCGCUAUGCUGUUUGCAUAAAUUGCGAGGGGGAGUUUGAUGUCGUGGCGAACACUAGGAAGAGUUGUCAAUAUCAUUGGAGCGAAGCCGAAGUGGAUGAGGAUUCGUUUGCUGAUCACGAUGAAUUCACUCACGGACCUAUGGACACCGAGGACAAUCGAGCCGCGUAUCCCAAAAAUUUCAUCUACGACUGCUGUGACCGCACGAGCGAUGACAAGGGCUGCACUACGGAUUGGCACAGGGAGACAGAAGAACUAACGAAGAGACAGAAGAAGGGACCUUAG